UGCCCGCGCGCCGCCGCCGCCGUCUCCGUGGCUGUCUCCGGCCGCCGCCGUCUCCGCAGUGAGGUCACGGGUGGGCGGUGCGUGCGCGGCGGCUGUUCCGCUCCUCGGGCUGCCGGAGCCCCCGCGGCGUCGGGUGAGGAGCUGAAGGGAGUUAGUUACCGGGGGACUUAACCGGUUAUCUGGAGAGACUGGCAGAACUCCCUGUUAGCACAAGGCAUGAGUCUAGCCGAUGGCCUGGAUCUUACCUCUGUUACUAGUAACUCGGGGUGGGAAAAUUGUGACACACACCAGUGACAUCUGUGCGAAAGGUGACUCUCGAGGGACGUUUGGGUAUUUUUUUUUGCCGACGAUCUGGAUCGGCUCUUAAUUUGGACAUAUAUUUGCAAUCUGCCAUAGUAACUCUGUGAUGAUGGUGGUGAAAUCAUCAAAGUUGGCAGCACAAUAAAGCAAGCCCUUACGACUGUGUUUGAUCUCCGGGAGCUGAAAGCACUGAAUAAAAUUUUCAUACAACUUAAACUCCACCUUGGAUCAGUUGCAUUGAGAUCAGUGUUUUUCACACUGAGACCAUUUUUUCUAUUUUAAUAUUUAAAUAGAGACUUACUGGAAGAGACAAUCUAUUUUUUAAAGAGAAAAAAAAAAUGAUCAAGAAUGGACACUCUUGUAUCAAGGCUUUUUUUUUUACUAAAUUGCUGUAAAAUAGUGGGUAGGGUGUGAGGAAAAGCCUUUUGUACACCUACUGCAGUGGGGUUUUUAUACUAGAAAGUUGAACAAAUAACUACAAGACAAAAUUCUGUAACGUCUCCAAUAAUUUUAUGGUAUGGCUUGCAAAAUGGUUUGCAGUUUUUACUCUUGCAGGCUUGAAGGAGUCAUGUUUUGCUGAAAAGAGUACGAGGCUUGGUGUACCUGAGGUAAUUAAGAUCACUCAAAAUCGGUUUUUUUUGUAUUAAUAAGCAGGAAAAUGCAUAUUCAACACUGACUUAUCCAAGUCCUGGUGUUUAGCAAUGGAGGGCCCACAAAUUAACUUCCCUUUAGGUCUAGUCUCGGACCAGAAAAGGAGUGGGAUUGGAGAGGAUGGGAGUCCACCACUAAAAAAAGCAAUGACAGAAAUGCAUGUAAAUAGCAAAGUACGAGUUGUAAUAGACAAAUUGCCAACAAUAAAGAAGGAAAACUUGGAUGAAUAUGAUGAAACUCCUGCGGAGGCCGAUGGGGAAACUGCCAAGCCAAACAGCGCUUCGCUAUCUGAGCCUUUGAAUUUAAAUCCAGGUUUGAAACACACAUUGGCACAGUUCCACCUCAGCAGCCAGAGUUCACUGGGUGGACCAGCAGCUUUUUCAGCUCGAUAUUCCCAGGAAAGUAUGUCACCCACUGUCUUCUUGCCUCUUCCAUCGCCGCAAAUACUCUCUGGUCCGCUGCUCAUUCCUCCGGACAGCUCCACAGAACUCACCCAGACUCUACUGGAGGGGGAAUCGAUCUCCUGUUUUAAAGUGGGAGGAGAAAAAAGACUUUGCCUGCCUCAGGUGUUGAAUUCGGUUCUCCGUGACUUUUCAUUGCAACAGAUCAACACGGUGUGUGAUGAACUGUAUAUUUACUGCUCCAGGUGCACUUCUGACCAGCUUCAUAUUCUGAAGGUUUUGGGAAUUCUUCCAUUUAAUGCUCCAUCCUGUGGGCUAAUUACGCUGACUGAUGCUCAGAGACUAUGCAAUGCUUUACUACGUCCUCGCACUUUUCCUCAAAACGGCAGUUUUCUCCCUGGUAAGAACACCUUGGCCCAGUUGAAAGAGACUGGCAGUGCCUUUGAAGUAGAGCAUGAAUGCCUGGGCAAGUGCCAGGGGUUGUUUGCACCUCAGUUCUACCUUGCCCCAGAUGAUCCUUGUAUCCAGUGUUUAGAGUGCUACGGGAUGUUCUCCCCCCAGACGUUUGUGAUGCAUUCACACAGAUCCCCAGACAAGAGGACCUGCCACUGGGGGUUUGAGUCAGCCAAGUGGCACUGCUACCUGCAUAUUAACCAAAAAUACUUGGGAACGUCGGAGGAGCGGGAACUGAAGCAUCUCUUGGAGGAAAUGAAGGAGAAAUUUAGCGAGAAAAAUCAGAAAAGAACUCGAUCCAAAGGAGAUUCUCAGCAGCAGAGCCUGGAAUUACCGCAAUGGUAUCCAGUUAUAAAGCAAGAAGCAGAAACUGAUCCUCAACCACCCUCCUUUUUCCAUCCCAGCUACUACCUUUAUAUGUGUGACAAAGUGGUGGCCCCAAACGUAUCUCUUGCAUCACAAUACAAAGAUGUUGCAAAACCAGCAGCCAGAGCUUCAGAAGUAAUUAAGUCCUCAUCUGGACAUUCAGAGAAGAAACUCAGUAAUGGAAAGCACAAAAAAGGUGCCUCUUAUCCAGAGCUUUCUCUUGAAGAACAGGAAAAAAUUGACUUGAAAACUGGUGUGGAGCAGCAUAAACGUUCAGAUCCACCUGUGUCAACUCGUUCUGCAAGAGGUGGGAAGUCUGAGCGUGGCUCUUCCAGAAUCACUAGAGAUUCUAGCCGUGUGGAAGUAGGUAGUGAUCUGCAAACCUUGUCCCCUACUCUCAUGAAAGACAUCAGUUGUGAGGAUGACAAGGGAAAGAUCAUGGAAGAAGUAAUGAAAACCUAUAUCAAGCAGCAAGAAAAACUGAAUACUAUUUUGCGGAGGAAGCAGCAGCUGCAAAUGGAAGUAGAAAUGUUAAGCAACUCCAGGGCUAUGAAGGAACUAACUGAAGAGCAGCAGAACUUACAAAAAGAACUUGAAUGCUUGCAAACAGAGCAUGCUCAAAGAAUGGAAGAGUUUUAUUUUGAGCAGAGAGACUUGGAGAAGAAACUGGACCAAGUGAUGAAGCAGAAGUGUAGCUGUGACUCCAAUUUGGAAAAAGACAAAGAAGCUGAAUAUGCAGCACAGCUGGCAGAGUUGAGGCAGCGAUUGGAUCACGCAGAGGCAGACAGACAAGAGCUUCAGGAUGAACUGAGACAAGAACGAGAGGCAAGGGAGAAGUUAGAGAUGAUGAUAAAGGAAUUGAAGCUACAGAUCCUGAAGUCAUCCAAAAACGGGAAAGGAAAAUAGAAACUGGAAGAGGAAGCAACAACAGGGUGUUGUGCUUUUUAAUGAAUUGUGAGCAGUUUCUGUGUGAUAAGAAGAAGUAUUCUCUACAGAUUUCUAUUUCCCAGCCAAGCCCAGAUGAAGAUAUACAUAAAUAUAAAUACCUAGAGAUAGAUAGGUAAACCUUUUUAGAUUUUCCUAACCAAUGAAAAUCUGCAGUUCUUUGUACUGGUGUUUUUCUCAGACUAUGAAAAAUCUGAUUUAGAGUGACCAGUUUCUGUCUAUUUCUAAUGCAGUCUUGAGGACUCUUCGACCUUUUGGCACUGUCUGUUUGAAAUAUGUGUGGUGACCCUUCUUUUGCUAUCAAUGGCACAUCCACUUACAAAAGUACAUUACAAGCGUUCUGAGUUUUUCAAGGUCAAAAGGAGUUUGGGUUUUAAAGAGAAUUCUGUGUUCUCAAACUGGGGAAAGUAAAGGCAGCUUUUCACCCCAAAGGUAAUACUCCAAAUCAGCACAGUGAUAGAUGAUUCAUCAUCAGAAGUGAUUUACCGGUGAGAGUUUUGCCCAUAAUUUCAUUGUGUGAAGUCAAGUAUUUUUAACAGCUCAUUAUGAAUCUAAAGAGUUUUAGAGCCAGCAUUUAGCUUGCUUUGCUGGAAGAAAAAAAAAACCAACAAAAAACAUUAAGGGUGGUGUGGGUUUUUUUCUUUCUUUUUUGUUGUAAAUUAAAUUUACAGCUGUAAUGAAAUCUUUGGAAGUGAAAAACAAUUCACAGGUUUGUUUGUUUGUUUUAUUCUAUCUAGUGGAUAUGAAAGAAAUGCUAAUAAAAAGGCUUGAGGGUGAGGCUUUUCCUUCUAGAAACCAAGAAAGCUUGACUUAACUGUUUUCCAGUUACAAAUGCUUUCAAGCAAAGCAGUGUUCUUUGACAAAUAUCUUUUAGUUUCUUUAGUACCCUGAGCCUCCACACCUCGAGCUUUUUGCCAGCUCGUGAUUUUUUUUUUCUUUCAUGACAUAGAACAGGCCUUAACUUGACGUGAUGAUGAUGAUAAUAGCUUAACAAGAAAAAAAAAUAUCAACCCCUGAGAUAUGGCACUUUGAAAAUCGUUUUGCUAAGUCUCUGCUUUUGAGUGGCAUGGUAAUGCUACCAUGAGUUAAGAAAUACAGCAUGUUUGUGAAGCUAUAACAUUUGAAAAUGUGUAAUUGUACAGAAUUGCUGUUUUUAUGUAUAUAUGAUGUUUGAGUACUUCAGAAGUCUGGUUCCUAGUGGAUUAACUGCAUGAUUACAAAGUUGGAUGAAGAAAUACUUUUUGCACUUCUCUCCAAAAGGUUUGAUACAGCUGGCAGAUGUUUGCUGGUGAUGAUGUCAGUGACUAGGAAAAUUUGAGUAGUUGUAGUAUUUCACUACAUAAUUUUAACCUGUCCCUUUUAGCUUCUGGGUUUGAGGUACUUAGGUUUGUAUUCCUCUUAGUAUUUCAGUUAGUUUGGGAUUAAACCACUGGUAAAAAUCUACCUUAAUUAUUGUUUUUUUCCUAAACCAGGAUAACUGAAAACUUGAGCUCUUUUUUUGUUGUUGUUUUCCUUUUAGUGGUAAAACAUGGCUGACUAGCACAGAGAAAGAUCAAAUUGCACAUACCUUUUAAAAUUGUCUGAGAAGUGAGGUGGUAAAUUAAAUGGAAUCAUGGGAUGAUUCUUUUCUAGCUGUGUACAAUUCUGUUUAUGAGCUCUGUGUCAUAUUUACACUGACAAUUAAAGCAGGUUAGGUGGAAAAAAAGGAGAUAAUUUUCUUUGUCAAUGUUGAUUGGAAAAGAACCCAGAUGAUAUUUUCCCCUUCCACUCCCCUUUCCUGUUUUGCUUUAAAAAGCAAAUGAAAAGGAAGAAGCCUGUCUUUGCAGUAUGGGUUGGAAGGAAAGGUGCUGGCUAAAAAUUAUCCUGGCUGUGUAGGCACCACUUGCUUGAAAAACACAAGUGUUCUAUUGUAACAACCACCAAAAGUAUGGCUGGAAGGAAAGCGGGCAGGAACGAUGACCAAAGUCUGAUUAUUAGGGAAUGGAGCUGGGAGUAGUCCAACUUGAUUGGCAUUACUCCAACUUGAUUGGCAGAACCUCUGUUGGCUUAUCUAGAUGGGCCACUAAGGAAAGCCCAUCCUGGGAAACUGAAAGUUUCAUCCAAGUACUGCUAAAGGAUCCAAAGAUAACCUUUGUGGUUGCUUUUCAGUGUCAGUGCUUUGAACCAGACUCGAUUGGCUGUUGGUGUAGGUAAGGCCAUACAGGCUUCAUUGAUACAGCUGCAGUAAGUGAUUAGCCACAGUGUUUAUAAACUAACUGUUGAAUGUAUGGAAUCCUGAUGGGAUUAUUGUACUAGAAUACUGUAUAUUUGGUUUCCAUUCAGCUCUUGUCUGUCUGCUCACAUUUCCCCUUUUGCCACUGCCUGAUCUUCAGCAGUGGAGUACUGUACAGCCUCAGCCUGUGCUUUAGCCACCUCAACCAGCUGUUAACCAGCUUUUAAAAUGCUGCUGGCUGUAGUCUGUACUAAUAUUUUCCCUGCUGCAAGAACUCCAGCAGCUACACAAAGUCGUAGCAAUUCCAGCUCUUACUCGUUUUAAAACAUCUGGCUGAAAAAAAAACAACCCUGAUAGAACAUUUAUUAAAAUGACUUUAAAAGUAGCUUUGUAAAUACUCCAUUUAGUUAACUCGAAGUUAGAAUGCAUUUUAAAUUAUUGUAACCCUCUUAAAAUUCUUACCUGUUGCUUUCAGGCCCUUUACAUAACCUAAUUUUCCUAUGUGUAGACUUGAUUUUAUACCGAUUUUAAGUAAUAAUGUAUACAUAAAUGUGCCAUAGAUUUUUGUGUGCUCACUGUCUUUGAAAGAUAGUUUUUUAGUGAGCUGUAAAUAGUACUGUAUAAGUUCUAGAACAAAUACAUGUUGGCCUUUUUUUCACUACCUUAUACUAGUUAACAAUGGUUUAUUAUACAGCCUACUGUAGGACCUUGGAAUGCACACUUAGGGGCUCUCACUUAAGUGCACACUUAAUGGUAAAAACCAACUCUGUCAUUAGAUCCUCACUUUUAGUCACAGUAUGCUCAUUUCAUGUGUUGUUAUUUGCUGAUCUUUCAGGCAGGAAGUGAUUUUCCCAGGUAGUUGUGAUAGUCCUAAAAUUGCCCAUAAGUUUGGAAGCUGCAUUAUUAAACACCCAGACCAAGAUUAAAGUUGCCCUAGUGCACCUCCUGGAACAAAGUAAGCAGGAUUCAAGGUGAAUAUUUAAUUUUCUCCUGUUUCGUUUGUUUCUUUUGGGGGUUGGAACUAGAGGAUCCUUGAGAUCCCUUCCAACCCUGACUGAUUCUAUGAUUCUGUGGGCUUUUUUUUUUUUUAAUAAAAGAGACCUUUACCCAUGCUUUGUGUAUGUAAGAAUAAAGUAGAAGAGCUUAGAGAGUGAAACUCUUGUCAUUUUGGCAGUCUGAAAGCUCUCCUUUUUGUUUCCCCAGCGUGGCUCUCUUAUCCCUAGACAAAAGAGAUUUCAAUCUAAAUCUCCAAACUUAACUAAGUCUGUUGUUUAAUUUCUGUAAAGCAUAUGUUUAGUUUGAGGAGGUAGAUAAAUGUAGUUGCAUUUCACAUUCUGAAACUAAUUUUAUUCUGUAUUUAAUAUAUUGAUAGCUUAGCUGUAAAAUCAUUUGUAUAUAGUAAAGGCAUAAUGCAAUUAGUGGAGUAGGAAAAGUUGAGUGGGAGCAUAAAGCUACUGGUGGCCUGGCAAAACAGAACAAAAAAGUCUUGGCCCAUAUUUUAGAAGUCACAAUGUUUUACUCAUUCAUUCUUGUUUUCUGUUGGGGGAGGGGAUAGCUAGAAUGUGUUAUGAAAUUUUUGGGAAGCUUUCCUAGCAUUAGUCAUGAAGUUGGCCUUGAAAUGCUGUCAGGGUCAGCUUCCUAGAAUUCACUUGUCUGUAGAGUAUAUAUUUUGAUUGUCAGUAAAGAUAACAACUUUUGUAAUUUUUCUGCACUUAAUUCAUGUAAUUAAUCCACACAACAGAGUUUUUUCUAUGGAGUGAAGUCGCCAGAAGAUGUAACUACCCCUACCUGUUAAUCUGUGCUUGCAAUAUUUCGCUAACUCUAUUCAGGCUGUCAGUAGGAAGCUGCAAAUUGCAGUUUUCUCUUUGCUCGUUGCAUUGGUACUAAGACUUGAGCAGUUUUCAUUAGAGACCUUGUGGAAUUUUCUUUGUUGCACAUUUCUAUUUCAAGAAGACAUCCAUUUUAGUUUGUUUCCUCUUUGUUGUUGUGUUUUUGGUUUGGUGUUUUUUUUUUUGGUGGCAGCUAACAAACUGCACAACCACUUUGUAGCCUGUCACCAUUCCCUAGAAAAUCAUUUUCUUUCAGGGUUAGUGAUUCAAUUGGGAAUGAAAAGAUGAAUUUCAAGCGUUUCAUCAAGUGCAGCAAAGAAGCAGUAGAAAAUUUUGCUCUCUGCAAAUUGGAUUAAAUGUAAGAAUUCUUACAUCAAUUGAGGUUUUUUUGCUUCACAUCUAGAUACCUCACUGAAAGGAAAGCACAGCUAUACUGUAUUGAAACUAAUUCUAGAAAACAUCCAAAAAUUGCUCUCAAGUAUUUUGUUGCCUUCGUGUUGCUCUCUGAUUGACAACACCUGGCUUUGUGUUUUCACACUCAGCUCUCAACAGCAUUCAUUGACGUUGAUAUGCCAGUACAGUUCUCUCAAACUACAGAAAGUGGCUGCAAAAGAGCAGAGCCUGUGUUCAGCUCGAGGCAACAGGUUGACUGACCAGUCUGAAACAAGAAAGCCUGUGGGGAAAAAAAAAUAGAUAGGUAAUGAUCAAUGCAUUCAGCAGUUUUUAAUACUUUGCCAAUGAUGUACAGUCUGGUUGUUCACGUUGCUGUGGUUGCAUUACAUGACACACAAAACUGUCCUCUACCUCACGUGAGAUUUAACAGAUAUUUUAUAUGGUUUUAGUAAACAAGAGGCAUCUAUCUGGUCACUUAGUUUACAAAUUUUGAAUUCUAUUUAUUGAAACAUGACAUACUGUGCUCUUAGCUUAUACCUCAAUUGUAUUUUGUGCUGUUAUCCAUUUUCAUGCCUUGUAAAUACCUGUAUAGAUUGUGGAUUCGCAAACAAAUAAAGAACUGUAAUGUCA